AGCAUGCUUAUGCUGUGAAGACAGACUGAGCAGACAUGGACAAAACUGGCUUCAUUCUCACAGGCUCAGCUCUCCUACUGUUGAUGACAAACCUCGCUCACUCACAGGAAGAAGUCUGGAUCCAAGAGAUAAAGAAUAUCAGCCUGCCAAUGUUUACACAGCUUGAAGACAUUGUUCAGUACUCAGCUUCCUCCAGUAGGGACCAGACCAGAAAGCUAGGCACUGUCAGCACAGACUGCUGCGUUAGCUCAAAACCUGAAACUAAAGCUCACUGAGAUGAAGUGUACCUUGUUGCUGCUGGCUCAGCUGCUAAUCCUGCCUGGUGUAUCGGCUUAUAGUUCUCUUGAUUAUGACGAUUAUGAUGAUUACUCCAAUCAUGAUUCACCAGUUCACCCAUCAAAGGGCUCCAUCCCAAACGUUGCUGAUAUCAUGAGAACAUUUCUUGCUGAGCAGCGCACUGUGAACGGUUCCAAUCACACAGUGUGGGUUGUGGGCAAGAGAGCGAGACAGUUCCUGACCGGACCCCUCACCACUGCUACCAUCCCAGCUCUCUAUAUCCUGGUGUUUGUCAUUGGCCUGCCAACCAAUGGCCUGGGGCUCUGGGUCAUGGCAAACAGGGUCCGCAAAUUACCAUCCACCAUCUUCCUGAUGAACCUGGCUGUAGCUGACCUGCUCCUGAGCCUCGUGCUGCCGUUCAAAAUUCACUACCACAUUCUGGGCAACAACUGGCUCUUUGGUGAAGCUCUGUGUCGCACAGUCACUGCCUUUUUCUACGGGAACAUGUAUUGCUCUGUCCUGCUGCUCACCUUCAUCAGCAUCGACAGGUACUUCGCUCUGGUCCAUCCCUUUCUCUCCAAGCGUUUCCGGGACAAUAGCUUCGCUGUCGGGAGCUGUUGUGUGAUUUGGCUCCUUGCUGUUCUCCUGGUGUUACCGUUCCUGUUUCUGCAGCAAUUGUACACCAUUCACAACCUCAACAUCACCACAUGCCACGAUGUCUUGCCCCUGGAAAGUCAGGCGGGUUAUUUCUUCUAUUAUUUCGUGUGCCUGGUUGCGUUGGGUUUCCUUGUUCCUGGCUGUGUGACGGUUUUUUGCUAUGGCUCUGUAAUCCGGACCCUGAUUCAGACCGAGAAGCGUUAUGUCCGUGCUACAGUGCUCACAGUAUUGAUCCUGCUGGUUUUUGUGGUGUGCUUUGCUCCCAGUAAUUUCAUUUUGCUCGUUCACCAGUCCGAGUACCGGCUGUAUGAAGACAGCGAACUGUAUAUUUAUUACAUGUUGGGCCUGGGCCUCAGCAGCUGCAGUAGCUGUAUUGAUCCCUUCAUUUAUUACUAUGUCUCCGAUGAAUUUAGAGCUAAAGUGAAACGCGCGGUUUACUGCCAGAAAGACAAAGGCAGUGCGCUUUCGGGUAAAUCGUCCCAGGAACUUCUCUCUGCAACCACCUACACACCGUCCACCCGGGCUGCGAGCCUCACCAGGGCCACCUGAGACCCCGGUACAGCCCCAAAACCAAAACAAACCAAACUCUGCUCAACAUAUCCCCGCUGUCCCCCACCCCCCACCCCGAGAUCGCCAGAUUGAAAAGGAUCCCAAAUGCUUCGAUCCAAACAGAUUCUGCUUCCCCCACUGUCAUCACUUUGGAAUUUACAAAGUGGAAAUCUUCUGUUGUUCAGAGGAAGUAAGGGUCAGGGCGGGGGAUGGGGCAGGUGAAGGGCAUCAGGUUAAACUCCCAGGCCAUGUACCAGCCCAGCAGAGUUGCUGUUCGCUUUCUGUCGAUGGGAUGGGGCUGCUCCUGGUUGUUCAGCACUGUUCUAAACUCCCCUUUCAGUCUGACCCAUACAUCAACCUGCCUUAGGGAUACCUUGCCUGGAGCAGUUGGCGCAUGAACUAAUCUAGAGGUACGGACACUACAGCUGUGCCAUAUGGACCUUCAGAGAUAAGUUUCUGCCACAAUUUGAAUUGGGAUCAGGGGUUCAGAGUCCAGAGGACUCCCCAUUACCCCAAUGAACCCCGCAGGCCUUAUCCCUAAUUGCCCCAAGGGAAGGUGCCAUUAAAUUGUAACAGUUUAUGCCCAGGUCUGAACAACCCUCCGAGUAUAAAGACCCCUCCCUGUCCUCCUGUUCAACCUCAGGCAAUUUAUAAGAACGGAAAGAACAACAGAUGCUGUAAAUCUGGAACAAAAACAAAGUUGCUGGAAAAGCUCAGCAUCUGUGAAGGAGAAAUCAGAGUUAAUGUUUUGGGGCAAAUAGGGGAGGAGGGGUCACUGGACCCGAGAUGUUAAUUCUGAUUUUCUCUUCACAGAUUCUGACAGACUUGCUGAGCUUUUCCAGCAACUUCUGUUCCUGUUUCAGGCAAUUAAUAUCUUGUCUCUUUUUUUGGGGGGGGGGGGGGGGUUGCGCAAAGCACAGUUUUAUCAGCAGGGCAGACCCCCACCUAAAAAUACCCAACUCCCAAACCCGUGGACACGCAUCCAAUAAAACUGGGGGUGGUUGUAAAAUGUGGGACCGACUGCAACUUGCUUUUCGUUUAUUAGGCAGGGACUGAAAUGUUUGAGCAAUUCUCUCAGUGACUAUUGUUAUUCUCUAUAAUAGAAUUGUAUCUCACAGUAUCACAUUGUAACUUGUAUAAAUUCUGCUUCACACUG